AUGUACCACCACAAAGGCCGUCUUUGCUCAGUUCAUGCAAACUACACCCCGCAAACCUGGACAUCCGACAUCCGCGCCGCAAAAGCCGCACACAUCGACGCCUUCGCCCUGAACACCGGAUUCGGACUGCAACAUACAACCGACUCCCUAUCCGACGCCUUCGCCGCAGCCGAAUCGCUAGACUUCAAGCUCUUCUUCUCCUUCGACUACACCAAUACAACCUACGGCAACAACGGCUACGGCCGCUGGCCGCAGAGCGAGAUCACCAGGUUACUGAACGAGUAUAUCGUCCAUGAAGCGUACUUCCGGACCCCGUAUAAAGGAUCUUCAAGGCCGCUGGUAAGCACAUUCGAGGGCUUCGAGGCAACCGCCGACUGGGUGGGGAUUAAGGAAGACGUCGAUGAAGACAUCGUCUUCAUACCAGCCUGGACGUCCGUUGACCCCGUGUCAGCAUCCAAAAUCCGCAGCAUUGACGGCCUGAUGAGCUGGGAUGCCUGGCCGGGCGGGACGAAUGACAUGAGUACCUCCGAUGACGAGGCAUACCGCGCUGUCCUUGACUCGUCUGGCAAAGACAAGCUGUACAUCAUGCCCGUGUCUCCGUGGCUGUACGCGAAUCUGCCGGCGUUUGGCAAGAACGUGGUAUCGCGGGGCGAUGACCUGUGGUAUGUGCGGUGGCAGCAGGUUCUCACCCUCGAUCCAGCCCCGGACUUUGUGGGAAUUAUAUCGUGGAAUGACUAUGGGCAGAGUCACUAUGUUGGUCCGUUGCAUGGUGAGAUUGGCAUGGGGAUGUUGAUGGAUGCGGGGGCGCCGUUUGAUUAUGUUGCUGGUAUGCCGCAUGAUGGGUGGAGGGCGCUACUGCCUUACCUUAUUGAGCAGUAUAAGGCCGGAAGCGAGGGGGAGAGGAAGAAGGUAGAGAUUGAAGAGGAGCUGCUGAGUGUUUGGUACAGACUUAGUCCGGCGAAGGCUUGUGAGGAUGGGGGGACGACGGGGAAUACGGAGGAAAGUGACCAGAUGAUUCUUGGUCCGGGUGAGGUGUUGGAAGACAAGGUGUUCUAUUCUGCGCUUUUGGAGGAGGGCGCGAAUGUUAGCGUGGUCAUUGGAGGGGAGAGUGGAGCUGCUGGGUGGACAAAUACCCCCGAGAGCGGCAGAGGGGUGUACCAUGGCUCCGUUGAUAUGGGGGACCGCGAGGGAGAGGUUGUGGUGAUGCUGUCAAGGAAUGGAGAUAUUUUCAGGGAGAUGAGAGGGAAGAGCAUAGAGCUCCAGGAGAACUGUCCACUAAACCAGACGAAUUGGAAUGCGUGGGUUGGGGUUGGGAAUGCGACGGAUAGGGCUUUGCAGGUGGGCAACGGGGUGGGAGGGACUCCCCAGCCGGGACAAAGUUGGCUGGGAAUUCUGAUUGUGGUGGGAUUGCUAAUUUGGGGCUGA